CCUGCACCGGUGUGUGCUGUGAUUCGGCUGAGAGGUUUAUGAAAUUGAACCCAUCAGUAUUUAAGAUGUUUAAAUCCAUUCACAGCGGAGUCUUUUCAUAGUGUUGAGCAAAUUAAGAUAGAGUGUUGAAUUUCAGUAUUCUCAUCAUCUUAAACAUGGAAAAGUGUUCAAACAUGUAGAAAAAAACUUAAAGUGGAACAACUGAGAUCUGUGUGACACAUAAUAUUAUAAACAUGGAGUUUAUUAAAGAAGAGAAUGAAGAAAUAAGAAUUCCAGAUCCAUGCGGAGUGAAAGAUGAAGAUACUGAGGAGAAAAUAGACCUGAUGCCGCUGAAAGACGAAAGUCAAGAACUGAAUGAGGUGGACGAGAAACAGCAUGAUUUCACCAGUGGAGAAAAAUCAGCCAAGACUGAAAAUAAUUCCUCCGAAAAAAGAACUACAAAAACAAGAUCAAAAAGUACUUGCUAUCAAUGUGGAAAGACUUUUUCACGUGAAGGACACCUUCGUAGCCACAUGAGAAUUCAUACCGGCGAGAACCCGUUUACCUGCCAACAGUGCGGAAAAUGUUUUAAUCAAAAAGGAAACCUUACAAGCCACAUGCGAAUUCACACCGGCGAGAGUCCUUUCACCUGCCAACAGUGUGGAAAAAGCUUCAGUCAAAAAGGAAACCUUAAAAGCCACAUGAGAACUCACACCGGCGAGAGCCCUUUCACCUGCAAAACGUGUGGAAAGAGCUUCUCGCUGAAAGGAAACCUUAAUCACCACAUGAGAAUUCAUUCGGGAGAGAAGCCUUUUGUGUGCCCUCAGUGUGGAAAACGUUUCACACAGAAGCAAUCUCUUAAUUGCCACGUGAGAAUUCACACUAGAGAGAACUGUUUUAUAUGCCAUCAGUGCGGAAUGAGUUUCACAGACAUGGAGCACCUGAACAGACACGUCACAACUCACGCUGGAGAAAAGCCUUUCAAAUGCCAGCAGUGUGGAAGGAGGUUCAGAUUAAAUAAAAACCUCAAGAAUCACAUGAAAAUUCACACUGGAGAAAAGCCCUACACAUGCAAUCACUGUGGAAAGAGUUACGCACAAAAAGGAAACCUUGAGGUUCACGUACGACUUCACACUGGAGAGCGGCCGUUCGUUUGCCCUCAGUGUGGGAAGUGUUUCACGCAUAAAGGAAAUCUUAAGAGUCACAUAAGGCUUCACACUGGAGAGACGCCUUACACGUGUCUUCAGUGCGGAAAGGGUUUCACUUAUCAGAGAGACCUGAAGAGUCAUUUACAGAUUCAUUCUGGAGACGUGCUGCAGUGUUCGGAGUGUGGCAAGACGUUUGCAGAGAAGAUCAACUUCUUAAAUCAUCUGCGCAUUCACCCUGGAGAAAGGCUGUUUAACUGCGUUUACUGUAGUAAAAAGUUUCUUUAUCAGUCUCACUUGGAGAUACACAUGAAGAGUCACACCGACGAGAGGACUUAUUUGUGUACUUUGUGCGGAAAGAGUUUUAAGUGGCUCGGCAAUUUGAAAUCGCACCAGAAAAUGCACGCUGGUCUGAAUACCUGUGCCAGAGCGAGCUACUUGAAACAGCAGCAACAAAUGCACACUGGAGAAAAAACAGACAAGGACUCAUAUAGCACAAAGCCUUUCACGUCCUCAGAAACUUUAAAAACACAAGGGGUGCGUCCUGGAGAGAAGCCACACACCUGCGCUUCAUGUGGGAUGAAUUUCAGCACAUCAAUUUAUCUGUUGGCUCAUGAGAAAAGGCACUGUCUGAAAUAGCCAUUAAGAGCAAAAGCAAUCUUGAGGAGAAUAGUCUGAUUCUAUUCCAAAAGACACAGAAAUAAUUUGAUGCAAGUUCUACAUUUGAAGAGGUCAAAAUAUGACUUUAAUAAACGUUUUCUUGC